GCUUUUGCAGAAGCUUUUUUUCAUUGGUCGCGCCUCCGGCGGCAAAAGACGAUUGGUUACGUGAUGGACGUAACAAAGUAGUCUCUGCUUCAUAAACUGGACAUUAUGUUUUUAGUCUUUAAGGGGACACUAUGUCAUGAUAUAGUAAUUACGUAACGUUAUCCACUGAAAUAUACUGCUGGAAGCAACAUUAACCACUGACAGCUUCUACACAAGUGAUUAAAACACAUUAAUACACUUUUAUACACACUUCUAAGUGGCGCGUGAAAGGAUAGUGGUUGUUCCUCGCGCAUCUCUUCAUCAAACGUUAGACAACGACCUAGCAAGAAAACAUGUAGCUAGUUAACGUUACGUGUAACUACUUUAAAACUUUCACACUCACAUUAGCUAACGCUUUGUAGUUUUCAUAUUUACGGCACUGAUAAUUACAGCUGUUGAAAAUGAAUUGGGUUGGAGGUUCAAGGAACAGGGUUGUGAUGAAGAAUGAUGCAAAAAAGCAGAGGGAGUUCUUUGAAAGAAGGAAAAUGCAACAGAAGUUGAAAAACGUAGGAAUGGCUCUGCCAGCAUCCCCUCAAGGCUCCAGCUCUGGUAGUAUGGACCUGGUGACUUUGUUUAUUGUCAACCAGAUUGCUGCUAAGAAAGAAAUUAAAGCUCCUCCGAAAGUGGCAGUUCUUAGCAGCUGUAAAGGAGGAUCCAAGUAUAAGAGAAAUGAGCCCCUGGUACUCCCAAUGAGCCCCUGCUCUCCAUCACAGCUGAGUCUUGUUGAGGGCCAAGCUCAGUACAGUGUUCAAGGAACGAGAAAAAGAAAGCAUGUUUUUCCACAAGGCUUCAAGUGUCGGCAGUUGUCACCAGUGCUGGAGUCAGCUUUCUCAGACAACAGUGCAUCUGACUACCUGCCACCCAUAACCGACCCCCUCAGCCCCUUCUCCUCCACCUCAUCAGCUUCCUCAGGCCAAGGAUUAUUCCCCCUGCAGCUGAAGCUCCAGCAGAGAAGCCAGACGCAGGCACAGCCUCUCAGCUGCUCCCCUCCACCCUGGGACACCUCAGGGCUGGAGCAGACCAGGUUUCAGCCGUUCUCCCAGCCCAGAGGUAUGUCCGACGGUAUCUCCUGGUCAUGUGGGUCAAAGCCCCCCCUCUACCAGCUGAAGACCCCCACAGCAGCCCAAGUCCUGUUCAGAAGUCCAGAGCCAGAUAACACAAAGGCCAGGGGCCCAACGAGGCACGACGCCCCCUUCUCUCUCAACCAACCAGAGGACAAGGAGCCCGUGUUGGACUUCACUCUCAACCAGUCAGAAACUGAGCAGCCGUUUGAGGGAGAUGUCUUCAGAGGCUUCAGUACUGAAGAAUGUGAAAGAGAAGCUUUUGGGAGAGGACAAUCAAAGAUAUAUCUGAAAGAUGAAUCACCAGCCUGAAUCUUCAACACCACAAACUGUCCCUGACUCGCAGUGCAUGGAAAUGGAGGAAAGCGACUACAUUUAUGAUCUCUCCAACUGCACUGACAUGAACUUAUCAUGUCUUGAACACAACAGUGGGCCCAUGAAUGGCUGCGAAUACUCGCCAAGUUACUCUUGUAGGAGAGGUUACCUCAGUUCAGACUCCAACGAUGAUGAAGAAUGCUGUCAGCUAUGUCUCCAGGCUGCGUCUUCAUAUAGACCAAGCCUGUUGUGCAGAUAGCCUAAACCAAAACCUUGGCUCCCAGGGGAAUCCGAAACAAAGGAACACCAAGCCCAGGCCUCUCACUCUGCUCCUGAAACCCCAAAUAAACUUCAGAGAUAAUCAGAAAGUUUUAGAGGAGAUAGCUUUCCCAGUUAAAGCCUUAGGAAGUGGCAGCAUACAGACGGGGAGCAACACAGCUCAGUUUGCAUCUCAAGUUCACAGCUCAGAGCUGUGCACAUGCAAGAGAACAGCUAAUGAAACUCGAGAUGCAACAACUCAAACUGUCAACGCCCCCACAGCUGAGACAUGUGACUCCUCGACUCAGUGCAGCUUUGUUGUAGACGGUGCAACGACCGAGUUUAACUUGUGCCAUCCACCUGUUGAUGUGUCAGUGCAGCAUCCAGCCACAGGGAGGCAGACUGAUACUGCUGCAGGGCCAAGCACACACACACCUUCAACAGGCAAGGCCAGGAGUAGAGAGAAGAGUAUGCCCUGGACCGAGAAGAAAUCUAUAAACACAAGCGCUGCUAACAACAGUGACGGCAAAGAGAUCCUCCAGCGGCCCAAAAACUUCUUUCUGGAUGCUCUGAGCAUGACAGAUGGCAGAGGUAAGGAGAAUACUGGGGGCAGAGAUGAGAGAGGGCAACAAGAAAAUGGCCGACUGGUGAAGGACCUCUCGAAUGAAGCGAGGCAGGAGGUCACAUCGGCCACUAGGGCUAAAGGACUCUCAGAGGAGGCCGAGACACUUCAGGAAAUAGCAGACAUUUGCCUCUUGCUCAAACAGAGGAAGGAAGCAAAGUAGAUAGAUGAAGGCAGAAACACACACGUGUGUUCUGUGCAUGUUCUUUGGAUUCAAUGCAUUAUUUGAGUUUGUUUUAAGCACACAUCACAUGUUCAAAGUGUUUGUUCUACGAGUUCUGAAAGAGACAUGUUGAAAUAAAGCCCCAAAGCGAU